CAAUCAAGGUGCCCUGAGACUCCUGCAUAAUCAGUAUCAUCAGAUUCGGGCGACCGAUUUUAGGGUCCAACCCAAUAUCGUCAAUUGUAUUUGUCGGCUGUCAGCUGUCCUUUCUUUCUUACCAAGCACCAACUACCAACAUAGUAUCUGUGCCGUGGUAUUUACAAAGCAAAGAUUUUGAAUAACUUACGAUUAUGUAUAAAAUCUUUUUUUUUAAAACUGUAAACAAUAAUAAUCGAGACGUGCGUCGGGCGUCGUUAUAACAUAAAAUUGUUUCACUGAGGCAUUGUAAUCUCAACUCAUAAUACAAUCGAGGAAUGGGUGGUGGUCGUGAGCGAAGUAGAAAUGGUAGCAUAGAAAGAAAAAGAAGUAGAAGUCGGGAACGCCAUCGCAGUCCAUUACAUAAAGAAACAAAAGCAAGUAACAGAAGCCGAGAGGAUAAUAGAAACAGACCUGAUCGUAACCGAGAUCGAGAUGGAAGCAGAGAUCGAAAAAGAGGAAGAAGCUCGUUCCGUGUGGGUGAAAGUGGAGGUCUUGGGAGUGGGCUAGGCGGUGGAGGUCCGGCUGCUAGAGGUCGGUACAAACCUCAAGAAGAAGAGUUUCUGGAUGCACGGAGAGAAGAAAGGGAGAGAAUUGGUGAAGUUGGGGUUUCCUCUAUUUGGGGCAAGUCACCGUUGAGGCCUGAUUCUGAAGAAGAACCGGAUUCAAACGCGUCCGAAACGAGUAAGGAGAAAAAAAAAAGCAAAAAGUCAAGCAAAGGGACAAAAGAGAAGUUGAAAAAAUUGAAGAAAAAGUUAAAGAAGGUGAAGAAAGCCCGUAAGAAAGCCAAAAAGAAACGAAGAAGCUCGAGGAGCGAAGAUUCCAGCGCCGACGAGCGAGAGGUGUGGGUGGAGAAAGGCAAAGAGGCGGAGGCCAGGGCGGGCGUGGGCGACGAGGUCAUCGGCCCCGCGCCCCGUUCCGGCCCGCAGCUCGGCCACAAGGACUUCGGCCGGGCGCUCCUGCCGGGCGAGGGCGCCGCCAUGGCCGCCUUCGUCGCCGAGGGCAAGCGCAUCCCGCGCCGAGGCGAGAUCGGCCUCACGUCGGACGAGAUCGCCUCCUACGAGUCCGUCGGCUACGUCAUGAGCGGCAGCAGGCACCGGAGGAUGGAAGCGGUGCGAAUCCGCAAGGAGAACCAGAUCUACUCGGCGGACGAGAAGCGCGCGUUGGCCGCGUUCAGCAAAGAAGAGCGAGCCAAGAGGGAGAACCACAUUCUGGCGCAGUUCCGAGAGGUGCUGCAGGCCAGGCAACGGUCGCAUCACUGACCUCCGCGCUCGUCUUUCGUUCUUAAUAUUUAUUGUUCACAUAAAUAUAUAUUAAUGGAAAAACGGUACAUUUCGACGCAUUUAGGCUUUCGACUGCGCUCUCACCGUCCGGAAAGAACGAACUCGAGUCUAAUGUAAAUAAAAGAUAAAACUUUUAAAAA